AUGGACCAUCGCCACAAUAGUAACUUUCAGUGCCCCGUAUUUGAUGAGACAAUCACCAAGAAAACCAUCAGCUACAUGGCACUCAUUGGUGAUGAUGAGGAGGAGAUGGUCGAUUCUGAUGAUGGUGAUGACAUGGACUCGGAGGACUUAGUGAAGAUCACUGCUGAGGUUGUUGAUUUUAGGAGGCCUUAUGUCGUUUUAAGGAGGUUGAGGGAGCUGGUGUUGGAGCAAGCAAAAAGCCAUGCCUCAACUACGUGCCACAGAGCUUCCCGUAUUGUUCAAAUUCAGGCAACUCUGUCAGAGAGAGCUCUUGAACUACUUGCUUUGCCUGAUGACGACAUUCCUAACUUACCCUUUGAUAUCGGUUGUGGAUCGGGACUUAGCGGUGAGACAAUCUUGGAGAAUGGACACCAUUGGAUUAGGCUUGAUAUUUCAGCAUCAAUGCUUAAUGUUGCGGUGGAGCGAGAGGUUGAGGGUGACCUUUUACUUGGUGACAUGGGUCAGGGUCUAGGAAUUCGUCCUGGAGUUAUGGAUGGGGCCAUCAGUAUAUCUGCUGUUUAGGUUUGUUUUCAAUAUAAUAAAAUGAAAGCUUACCACCCAUCCAUACUUAUCAAUACAUGCAAUUAAAUGCUGGAAAUCAAUAGUUCAAAACUGAAGCAAUGAAUCCCCUCAGUCUCCCCCUCGAUUAAGAACAAAGAAAUAGUAGUAACUUUUUUAGGAUAAAGAAAUAGUAACUUGAAAGGUGUGCCUCAACCAAUAUUUCAUAUAUG